CGGGCGACCCGAGACGCGCUCGGCCGUGUUCCGCCCGGCCCCGGCCGGCUCGAGGCCGCCCACGACCGGGUCCAACUCCAAACUCCAAGCACAAAACCGACUCCUCCAAAUGCCCCCGUCACGUCGCGCACGUAGCGUUAGCCCGGCGCUGCCUCGCGUCGAUCACCGUCCUCAUCGACGCCACCGAACGCGGGCGGCGACGAGGACCAUGUCGUCACGGGCGCCGGCAGCCGCCGCCGGAGGCGAGGGCGCGGACCGCCUGCUGUGGGCGAAGGCGGCCGAGCUGGAGCGCGACUUCGCCGGGUACAAGCGCCGGCUCGCCGAGCGGAGGGCGCAGGCUGCCGCCGCCGAGGUCGCGGCCUCCCGCGCCGACGAGGACGAGGCGGAGCGCCGCGGCGCCGGGGACGCGCCCGGGCGGGGGAGGCGGUACGAGGAGUACGUGCGGAGGAGGGACGAGCGGCUGCGCCACGAGUGGCGCGCGCGCAUGGAGCGCAAGGAGGCCGAGGUGCAGGCCCUCUGGGCGCGCCUCGACCGCACCGGCUCCCGCGGCCGGCUCCGCGGCGGCGGCGGCGAGCUCGCCGCCGCCAGCCACGCCGGAGAGGAUCAUCAUGGUAAUCUGCGGCAAAAGCCCGGGAACCAGGAGGUGAAAGUGAAACCACCAGCCGCCCCUGGCACGCCAAGAUGCAGCCCGGCAACCACGAAGCUCUCGCGCCCGCGGACCAGCGUGCCGUCGUCACCGACGGCGGGGGCGGCCAGCCCGAGGCUGUCCACCCCUGACCCCAGGCGGCGUCCUCUGCACCUGCAGCGGGCGCAGCCGCAGGCGGAGCCACCCGCCACGCCACGGAGGGAGAACAGGCUGCCGCCGCCGCCGCCGCCGCCGCCGCCCACCGCGACGGUGGCAUCACCCGGCACGCCGAGGCCGAGGACGACGACGCUGUCGCGGAGCAGGAGCAUGUUCAAGGACCGCGGCUGCUCGUCCGUCGCCGCCAGGGAGAGCCCCCGGCCGCCGCGGUUCCACUCCCCUCGGUCGAGCUGCGUCAGUGCCAGCAGCAACCUCAAAGAGCCGGCUCAGCCACUCCACGCCGACGGCGCCAUUGCCGUGGUGCGGAGGAGCGCUUCGUGCUCCAAUGAGCAGCAGGCUACAGUGCUCACCGAUCUCAAGAAGGCCUCUGCUGCCAUUGCUUCCGAGCCGUUUCAUCCGAGGAGAUCAGGCAAUGGCGUCGAGCCCGCGUCGCCGCCUCCGGUGAUUCGGAUGGACAAACCUGACAGCAGCGAGAUUGCUCCGACCACUGAUGGAAAUGCUGACAGCAAAGGUAACCACGAACGCGUCGAUCAAUCUUCGGACAAGUUGCGGAGUGUCGAGAUCACCGGUGACUCCGACACCGAGCCGAGCUACGUGUACAUCAAGAAGGACAGGGAUGAGCAAACUCCGCGGCCAUGUCAGGCAUCGGCUGGCCUCGGGACAUGUCCAGGGUCCCAACGACCGCGAUCUGACAGCAAGGACGACAGCGACAAUGUCGCCGACGACACCAGAGAAUCAACCGGCAGCAACGACAUCUCUGGAGAAACCACGGCGACAGACGCAGAAGAAGCUUCCCGGAGGGAGAGCUCUGAAUCUCUCUACUCCAACGUUCAGUCUUCGUUCUCCCAAAGAUCAGAGCUCGACACAUCGGCCACCGAGCAAUCGCCGGAAUCCGGCGCUUCACCACGGCCACGGAAGAACACGGCGGUGGAGGAUGGCGAGAAGAGCCUGCCAAUUCCAAGCACCCCGAGGAGCAGCGUUACCGUUUCCAUCACCGUGCAGUCGCCGAUGGACGCGGUGACCGGGCUCAAGCGGUUCCUGACCUUCGGCAAGAAGAACAGCAAGGGAAGCGAGGCCGCCUCCGCCGCCGUUGUCGAGCGCACUCCGAAUUCCAUGGCCCCUGCCCCUCCGCGUGGUGAUGGCUGCACGAGUGGAGAGUGGCCGGCAGGUGACUCUGUCAAGGUGCGAUCGGGCUCCUCCGAUGUUGCUUCGGCAGAUGAUCUGGACAGCAGUUAUGUCAUCUCUCCACACGCUCGGUCUUUGCAAAGCCUGGUGCCAUCUUAUCCUGGCAAUCCUGAACUGAAGGAACUGGCUCUGCCCGCCAAAUCAGCAAGAGUACAUCGAUCGUUUUUCUCAUUUGCAUCGUUCAAGUCCAAAGCAGUUUGAUUUCAGAUCCGGGGAUUUGUUGCUGCACAUGUCGCAUUCCAAAACUUCUUGGAUCACCUGAUACGGCAAUCUGUGAAGUUCAGAAUUUAUUGGUUUGUAGCGUUGGGAGCAACAGAACAAUUGGUGCUACUAUAUAUGAAGCCUGAAUACUGUGGCACGUCUAAAUUUACCUUCAUAAUACUCCUAGCGAAACAAUCUGAGUACCCCUUUCACUAGCAAGAACAUGACGUUUUGAACGUUGGUUCUGUCAGACUUGCUGAAUCUAGCCAUCAGUAAGGAUAGGAAUCAAGGGUUGAAGGAAUAGCACUUGGGAGAAUCUGGCCAUCAGUACGGUGAAAUAUUCGUAUUAAGAAUACGAAAAUCGUAAGCAUAGAUUUAUGUCUUAACCUAGAUUCAUAAUAAUCUCACAACUGUAUGGUGUUUUACAGGUAUAGGUAAAUAGAAUAGCAAAGAGAUAGUGAACUAACACAAUUUU